GCCAGCCCGACGAACCAGACUGGGAAAAGACGCAUCGCAAACGCCAUCAACAAUUGCAGUGGAUUGCAUUAUUAUAUUUGUUACACGUCGAUUGCAUUACAAAAUAAACACUCCAGGGAAUUAGUUUUCGUUGGAAAUACUCUGGGCAAAUUGUGGAUACAUUUUUUUUUGGAUAGUUUUGACUUCGUUUUCGUGCAAAAUUUAUAUAGAACAGAGUGUAAUCAAAUUACGUAUUUCGAUUGCUUUGUCAUUGUGUACAGUGAAAGUUGAUAGUCCUGAGAAAAAAUUACUGCAAGCUCUGAACUAGGAAGUGCCAAGCCAAAAACAACAUUAACGAUGUUUGACCCCUUUAAAUAAUAUUUUUUUAAACGUUUGGGUCGAAGAAGGUUGAAUAAAGUUAUUCCAAGAAAAGAAUCCCUUUCGAUUUCGGAAAAUGUGUACCGAUGGAAUCCGAGGGUUUUGUGCCCAGUGGCGGGCCUGGAUCCUACCACUGCUGGUCCUGGUCUAUGCGUUGUUUGUGAUCAUCGUCGUUCCCCUGUUAAUUGUUAACUCUGUCAAGGAUGGCUUCACACGGAAGGAUCAGUUGAUUCUGAUCGGAGGAUUGUUCGUCAUAUCGGCGCUUCCCGUUUCGAUCUGGCAAAUUACACAACAUAUUGUGCAUUUCACUAAGCCAAUAUUGCAGAAACACAUUAUCAGAAUCCUCUGGAUGGUUCCUAUCUAUGCUCUAAAUGCGUGGUUCUGCUUGCUGUUCCCGCAGCACGCCAUAUACAUGGACAGUAUCCGCGAGUGCUAUGAGGCGUACGUGAUCUACAACUUCAUGAAGUAUCUGCUCAAUUAUCUCAACCUGGAGAUGGAUCUGGAGCGAACGCUGGAGUUCAAACCUCCGGUGCGGCACGUUUUUCCGCUGUGCUGCCUGGAACCGUGGCCGACGGGACGGGAGUUCGUCCACAACUGCAAACACGGGAUCCUGCAGUACACGGUGGUGCGACCGAUAACCACUUUUGUGGCUUACAUUUGUGAAGUGAACGGAGUCUAUGGGGAAGGUAUCUUGGAGACAGACGUCGCUUUCCCUUACAUUGUCUUCAUCAACAACUGCUCCCAGAUCAUUGCGAUGUACUGCUUGGUUUUGUUCUAUAAAGCGAAUAAAGACGAACUGAAGCCUAUGAAGCCGAUACCUAAGUUCCUGUGUAUAAAGGCUGUCGUUUUCUUUUCGUUUUUCCAAGGAGUGCUGAUCAACUUUCUGGUGUACUUCGGAUUUAUCAAGGAUAUCUUUCGGUCGGUUGGAAACGAGGAUCCGCGAUUGCUUUCGUCGAAGCUGCAAAAUUUCCUCAUCUGUAUUGAGAUGUUCCUGGCAGCGUUGGCUCAUCAUUAUAGUUUCCCGCAUAAACCGUACCAGCUCAAUAUUCCUAUCAGUAGUUUGAGUGGUGGAAUCGGUAGCAGUAUCAACGGGAACAACAGUGGACCAUGGUACAGCGCCUUUUUGAACAUGCUGGACAUUUCUGAUGUCCAUCAGGAUGUCAGCGAGCACUUGGGUGUAGUAGGAAGUUCGCUGAGUCGGCGUUUGAGAGGACGAAACACUUAUCAGAUGCCGCGGGAAAACUGUGAUAUCGGGGGCGGCUCGGGAUCUGAGAGAGAAUAUUUGGUUCAACCAACGGGAAGUACCGGUAGUUUGAGCUCUGGUCAAUGCUACCAGAGUGGGUUGAAUCGAUCGGGGAACCAGAUAUACUCUAAUGUGCCUAAGUCGGCGCAAAAUCGAUACGGAGCUCUGGACAGCGGUAUAAGUAUAGUUCGUCCGAAAACGGACAAACAAGCGAAUGCUACCCAUGAGGGCGCUCCAAAGGUUCCCAACAUUUUUAAUCAAUUUCCAAGCUCUAAGAACCUCAACCUGGUUCUGGCCAAAAGCCCUAGCUUUGAUAAUCUCAAUUCCAUAAAAAGCGAAACUGCCAGUACCAGCAGUUCUAAUCAGAAAAGAUCCGACGAACGAACGACUGCCACGACAUCGACGGCCACUUCAAACAAUACCACCGGAUCGACGUCCGAUUCAAAUUUGAAGAAGUCGGAAAGCGCAAACAGUGACUGGCUAAGCACACCGGACGAUGAUUUGGGAAUUGACGUGAAGGGUUUGGGCAACGAUCGGAUCAACUAUAAUCCGAAUUGGAAAGCGUGAAUCCAAUGGGUGUUGAAUCCUUAAAGUGUGAUUGAAUUCUAUUUUUGUUUUGCUGAAAAAGUGUGCUAGUGGGUGUCAAAAAACCGAUGUAUAUUCGUGCACAUUCUCAUAAGCUAGAAUUUAUUUAUUUAAUCUUUAUAAGUAACGAGGCAAAAAAAGUCGAAAUGAAAUAUUAAUUUUUUCGUAUAAAUUUCAUUAAAAAAUUUAAAUUGUUUUGCAUUGCGUAAGACAUGUUAAACCUGAAUAAUAUUCCUUCGCUUACGUUAUUUCACUUUCCCAAUAAAAAGUUAUAUACACAAUUCGAUAAAUUUAGUUAAGCAGGUUCUCUCAUACUUGUGGUAAUCUUUCAAUGCCUAAAGUCGCUAAGUGAUAUUCGAAUAACUGAUUAGGCUUACACAAAGAUCGAUGACUGUCGCUUUAUACAAUAUCAUUAUUUUCUUUUUCUGUGGACCACAGAAAAAUGGAUACCUAUCAACACACCAAACUUGAUCAAUGAGAAGAUAACGAUAUCGUGUGAUUAACUUUACUAUCAAGUAGGUAAUUUUAGAUGAAUAUCGAAUCUGUAUUCAGUUAAAAAAAGAAACAUUUCGAAGAUUAUUAGCUUUAAGUUUAUGCGUCAACUCGUAAACGGAAUUAUGAGAAAUCCAAAAAUAUUUCAACUGUGAACAUCGUAAUAACCCAACCGAAAAUAUAAUCUGAGAAAAAAUAAAUAAUCAGUAUGAUAAAAAUUA